AUGACAGGGGUUCCCGCCGCCCCCAUGUGCAAUCACUAUCUCCGUAGACGCUUGUCCACCUUUCUGCUUUGCUGCGCUCCUUGGCCAUCAUUUGGUGAAAUGCUGAGCAAUUCGGAGUCCAUCACAUGGUCUCAGCCACGGGCCAAUGAUGUUCAGAGGCGCACAGUCAACACCAGCUGA